AGAGAGCGUCAUGACGUCACGUGAACGUAGGCAGACGUUCCCCACAUCAGUCGUCUCACUGGAUGUUUAUUGUCUGAGGCAGGGCUGCAGUCAACACCAGGAUGUUGCGGCUUCGCUGUAAGACCAAAAAUGGGAGCCACAUAAUGCAGGGAUUGACUCAUCAGUCCUGCGUGCAAGAGCUAAAGACGAAGGUGGAGGAGCUGACUGGUAUCCCCUGUGACGUGCAGAAAAUCAUGGUCGGCUAUCCACCCUCCAGCCUUGAUCUUCGAAACGGAGAUGCUCACCUUAAGGACUACCCCAUCAAAUCAGGAGACACACUCAUUGUUGAGGAAGAAAAGAACAAGCCAAAGCCUCCUCAGGAUCAUCCCACUGUGACUAAAGCACCACGCCUGGAAGCCUCACCCAUGCUGGCACGCCGAGUGGUCCCGGCUGACAACUCCUGCCUCUUCACCAGUGUGUAUUAUGUGGUGGAAGGUGGUGUAUACGACCCUGCGUGUGCCCCUGAGAUGCGAGGCCUCAUCGCCCAGAUUGUUUCCAGUGACCCCACAGCUUACUCUGAAGCGGUGCUGGGAAAGACCAACGAGGAGUACUGCACUUGGAUAAGACGUGACGACACCUGGGGGGGAGCCAUCGAGGUGUCCAUCCUCUCCAAGUUUUACCAGUGUGAAAUCUGUGUGGUGGACACUCAGACAGUCCGAGUGGAUCGAUUCGGGGAGGACGCUGGCUACCACAAACGCGUGCUGCUCAUCUACGACGGCAUCCACUACGAUCCGCUGCAGAAAGAAACGCCCGGCUCUGACACUCCGCCCCAGACUAUCUUCUCCACCACAGAUGACGUAAUCCUGGCUCAGGCCCUGGAGCUGGCAGACGAGGCUCGCCGCAAGCGUCAGUUCACGGACGUUAACCGCUUUGCGUUGCGCUGCAUGGUGUGCCAGACAGGCCUGGUGGGACAAAAGGAAGCUCGGGAGCACGCCAAGGAGACAGGCCACACCAAUUUUGGCGAAGUGUGAAUACUGUUUUGUCUUUUCUUCCUCUCACAAAUACAACCACCACCAACCCUGUGCCCCACGUCUGGCAACUCCGUUGGUCUGUCUGUCAAUCUGCUUGUGUGAUCCUCUACCUCACAUUGUCCAGCGACAUCUAUGGAGAAUCUGCAGACACUGUGUUCAGCCUCUAACCUGUUCAGUAUUACUUUUAACUGCUGUCAGUUCUCAUAGUCAGAAACGCUACUGCAGUGCUCCGAUGUCUUUAAAACCAUCAUUUUAGUCUGUUAGGGAUGGUUUCAAACUGUUCAAAUGGGUCAAGGAAAAUAUGCAAACUGUUCUUAGGAUUUGUUUUAAACUCUUUUGUUACUCAACAGCUCGGUUUUAUUGAAAAACAGAGCAGCUGAUGUGUUUCAGUUGAUGCGCCAAAUUGGUAGUACUUACCUGUGACUGACUAAACGUGUAUGUGAUAAAACCCUGCUGUAUGGUUCUAGAAAGAGUUUAAAACAACCACUAAGAAUUAUUUGCACUAUGAUGUGAUCUUAUUCACUGUUGUCUUAAGCGCAGCACACAGAGUAUGACUGUUAUUCAUCAUGUUGAUUAUGUUGUUUAUUAUGGGUUUUUCUCAUUGCAGAUGUAUGUCAGAAACUUUUCCAAUACUAAAACUUAAAAUUUAGCUAACUUUAGAUGUCUGAAUCAUUCAGCACAGUUGGAUUUUGUUGAAGUCCCCCCCCUCCCGACACAUUUUAAAGUAUGUAAAAAAAAUAUAUAUAUAUACUCUGCUAUGGUUAAUUUUUUUGUUUAAAAAGAUUUUCCCCGCAUGGAAAGUUUAAAAAACUCUGAAAAGGAGCUGGAAGCAGAUCUACUCUUUCUUCCUCAAUGAAAUUAUGAGACUGGCCCCUGCCCCACUUAACUUUAGCCGCUUGCGCUAGGUUAACCAGUAAAAGAACAGCGCGCGUCAAAAAGCUAGCAUUAGCGUUAAAGGAAACAUCGGAGAAAUUCAGCCAUACAUGUUUGAAUCUCAGUUAGACCCAGACUCAGAUGAGCGACAUAUCAAAAUGGUUAGUGUAGCAUCAUUUUUUUUGUGUCUGUUGUUCGUUAGCUUGUAGGCCAACUGACAAUGGCUGACACAGUGUUAAGUGCAAGACACACCACUGCCGGCGCGGCGCUGUGGCCGUCAAGGGCCGCCCCCCAACACACACUGGCAGCGGCGCGCAGCGGCACCGUCAACAUGUAUUUCCCACCCCAGCCCUCUAGGUGGCUGUACCUACACUAGUUGCCAACGGUUGCCAACUGCUAGUAACAGAAGAAGAGAAAAACUUUGAAGCAACAACAACUUGAAUUUCACGGGUGAGUUUCUUAUCAAAGUCGUCUUAUUAAAAAUUUGAAACAACCGGAGUUGAUCCUACAAGACGAGAAGUACAUUAAAAAAAAGGCUUUUCUCACAGCGCCGCCAUGAGCGCUGGCCGCGCUGGAAAUAGAGCAGCGGGCUGAAGCAGAGCAGCGCGGCGGCCGGCACCAGUGUGGGUUGGUUCAUAGAAUAUAAUGGGGGCGGGCGUUUUGACACGCGGCGUACGGCGGCGGUGUGUGUUGCACUUAAAUGGUUGUGAAACAAGACAAUAAUAUCUGCCAUGAUGGUGUUUUUGGAAGAUAAUGGAAUGAAUGGAAUGUUUGCUGUCAAAUGUUCACUAUGCUAAUGCUAAAUGUCGCUCUCUGACAAGUCCGCUACAUGCUGGAGGUUUUAGAUUUCUUUGCCAGUUAUGUGUUGAAGUCUGUUCCCCCGUUUACUGAUUAGGUUUGUCACAAAUUAAUGUUUGAAUCUCAGAUUGUUGUCAGUAGAGGCAUGUAAAAACACCUUUUAGUGACAAACUUUGUACAGCUACAGGUCAGAGUAGUCAAGGUCAGACAUUUUAGGGGACAUAAACAGUAGAAACACAUUUCUGAAUGGCGGGGGGCUUAUGAUAAUGAUAAUGAUACGCUGGAUUCAUCUUUACAAAAAUGUGACGUUUCUUUAAAAUUACUGUGCGAGUAGUGGCCAUUGAGACUGAGGUUAUGCAUUACAGUGUUGCAAAUUGUGAUCAAAAUUAGACUAAACACUCAUGUUGGACUUUUUCCCUUUUCUCUUUGUUCUGUUUUUUCUGAUUUUUUUUUUUUUUUUUUUUUUUGAUAUUGCAACAUGGUUUAUCAGUGAUUAUAUUUUAGAUUAGACAAAAAAAUGGUGCUGAAAACAUUUCACAAAACCUGUAGCUCUUUGUUAUUCUUCAUCGGUACGACAGUUUUUCAGGAGUGUAAUUUUUAAUUCAAGUGUGUAAUUUUCAAAUGUUAUGCUGUAAUCUUUUAAAAAUGUUUUCUUUUUUGUUUAAUAUUGCUGCAUAUUUUGGAAAACACUUUAAGCAUGAUGAGGUGUUUGAGUGUUGUUUUUCAGAUCACCAGACACGGUGAGAGGGGAGUGUACUAACUAGAAAUCUGAAACGAGUGAGUGCAAGACACGCUGUAUAAGAUGAAUCCUGCUCACUUGCAUUUACUGUUCAGGUACAGUCCACACAUUACGUGUUCAGCUAAUCCGCAUUAAGCAUUUAUUUUUGCAAGUUUGAUUUUUCAGCUUACAUUUGCAGUCCAUUUUAUGUAGUGCAUGUUGUCAAAACUACGCCAUUCUGUUCCACUGUAUGUUUUGCACAACUGGAGCAUGUUCUCACGUUUCUGCUAAUUCCUUUAAUACUCACUGCCUUGAAGGAUGAAGCAUGCACUUGUUUAUUUUAAACCACAGCUCAAAAUGUUAAAUUUGAGGAGGCCAUAAAGAUAUUUGUGGGAUUAUGUUUUUUCCUCGAAGCCCAGAUUAUUGUUGCUUCGUGUUCUGCAGAACUAGUAUUACUACUUCACAUAUCUGUGAUGGCGGUGUUGGUACUAAGUUGUUGCCAAAAAAAGAAAAUGUUACAGUGGAGGACUUGAUUGGGGCUUUCUUUUAGGUCUUUCUCGGUUCAGGCUCAGAGACGGUGUUGGGAAUUAAGCUAAAAAUCUCAAAUUAUUUCUUUGUGUUAAUGUGAAUUACUAUUUUUUUCUUCAUCUGUUAUUUUUAGGUAGUUUAUUUUAACAGUGAUAAUGGAUUAGUCAGCUUGCAUAAAAGUGAAACUAUGAAAUGGCUUUGUUGUAUUUUUUAUUUACCAAGUUCUCCUAACUCUUAAAGGACAAUAACAAUGAAUGUUGCACACAAAGCACUACAGAAUAACUGGAUUUACUUGAUUUUUUUCAGUGUUGUGUCACAAUUAAAGGUUAUAGCCAAAA